UACAACCGACACCACUCACCACCGCAGUCACAGCAGCAUCUCAUGCCUCCACCUGCUCCGGGAUAGACAGCCGUCCCUCCGUCAGUCCCUGUGUCCGUCCGUGUAGUGCAGCAGUCAGGAGGGUGGGAGCCUGAAGCGUCCAGGUGAAGAUGCUGGAAAACGGGAGGAAGGUGUUCAAGGAGGGUCUGCUGGAGAAGCGGAGCGACGGGCUGCUGCAGCUCUGGAAGAAGAAGCACUGCGUCCUGACCGAGGACGGCGUGCUGCUGCUGCCGCCCAAGCAGCACGACCACCCGCAGCACCACCAGCCGCACCACGGCGGCGGGGACACGGGCAAAGUCAAGGAGCUGCACUUCGCCAACAUGAAGACGGUGGACUGCGUGGAGCGUAAAGGCAAGUACGUCUACUUCACGGUGGUCAUGAUGGAGGGGAAGGAGAUCGACUUCAGGUGCCCGCAGGACGAGGGCUGGAACGCGGAGAUCACCUUGCAGAUGGUCCAGUACAAGAACCGGCAGGCGAUCCUGGCCGUCAAGUCCACCCGGCAGAAGCAGCAGCUGCUCGUCGUGCAGAUGCCCGGCCAGAAGACGGUCCGCAGCUCGCCAAACGUUGCGUGACCUGCGGCGAGUCCCGCGGACACUGGUGCGCCAUUAGCGGUUAAUUGGACACUCAGCUGGAGGAUGAAUAUCGACCCGGGCUGCAUCUCCCCCUGCCGCUUCACCAUCGAGCUCCAUUCUCCAGGAGAACCCCUCUUCCAUGUAGUGGUUUCCACAGACCAGAACCCCGUUCUUUUUCAAUACAGAGACUUAUUUCACAAAAGACUGAUGGACAAAAAGCAUGUGAGAAAACAGCUGUAUUCUACCGUGCGAUUGGUUAUCCCUUAUUUAUUAGAUGUGUAUAUAUCUUUUAUAUAAAAAAAUGUUAUGUUGUUGAUGAAUGUUCAGUGUGGUUGUUGCUAGAGUGGAACAGGAAAUACUCGCUCGCAGGUUCAUGAGUCCAUUGGGAAUAAGCUUUCAUUAUUAUCCUAGGAUGUUUGCUGUAGGUUAGUCGAAUCAGUUCUUUAUUGGUAAUAUGUCUCAUUGUCCAUGUUUUCAUUUUUCAACUGAACCAAAGAAUCAUUUCAUUACAUUUCUCUCUCUUGUGCAGUGUUACACAGAAUAUACUACACUAAAAUACCACAGAUACUGUAUAUGACGAGAUGCCUGCUUGACCGAUACAUGAUUUGUUUUAAGUGCUUGAUUUAUUACAGUACAACUUAGUAUUUUCAUUAUGUUCAUCAAUCAUUUUCCAUCAUUUUGUUUGGCUGCAUUCAUAGAUACAAAAGCGAUCCGUUGCUUUCUUGUGAGUCUUAAAUCUGAGUAAGAUACUGGUUUAUUACCCACAGUUUGUUUCUUGUGGUAACAGAGAAGGGCUUAGUCGUGGUGAAUAGGUAACAUGCACAGUGGAGUUUUUGUUAUAUUGGACAAUUUUCAGAAGCUGAGUUGCUCCAAAGUCAAUUUCACUGGUUGUAUUAAGUCCUAGUGAGUGGAGCCAAAUAACCACAGCAAGCUAACACCAGACUGAAACUGAAAAAUAAACCCUUAAACUAAACCUGACAAAACAGAAACAAAAAGGGAAAUACAUUUUCAGUCUCUUCUUGGUCAAAACAGGAGAUGCUAUCACGGCUUAUUAGCUGUGUUGCUAAGUAUAAACUGGCUAACCGUCACAGUGUGCGCUAAGUAGCUUCCUAACCUACAGUUAGCAAACUACCAAGUCAGACACAGCAUGUUAGCCUAUAGCUAGCUAGCUACAGUGGUUGACAACUUUCUGUGCAAGCACCAUGUAUUUCCUAAAAAUGUGUGGAUAUCUCUGCACUUUGGUGCUUUCUGGUGUGACAGCGCCUUUAGAAGAGCUGGAUAUGUCAUAAGAUGGCGCCCGUUAUAUUAGGGAGUUCAGCUGAAAAUGUGUUUUGGACCUAAAGCACAGCUGUUCUGUGCUGAGCUGACUGACUUCCUGCACAGCUCCUCCUGAGUUCUUAAUUUUAUUAGACCCAAACGGCUUGAAUUUGGAUAAUACAGUAUUUCUGGGCCAGUAGAUGUCACAUUACAUGCAGUUCCUAUAAUGGCCACUGUGCAAAACUUGUCUCAAAUCCCAGUGCUGGUCCUGGGGACUCUGGUGAAACCACAACACCAAUUGUAGCACUAUGCUGCAAGGUUUUGUAGCUUCCUUAUCUCUUGGAAAACAAUGGCUCAAGCCUUUGCGUAGAAUUACUCUCUCCAAUAUUUCUAAUGUCUCUUGGCUACAAAAUGGUAUAGGCCAGAAAGGUUGUUUUUUUUUUUCAAAAGCUUGGCUUUAUCAUCCAUACAGUGGAUUUUGUAUUUAGCUUGCUAAUUAGCUUAACUAAGCUAAAACAGACUCUUCCACUGACCUUUGCUGCAACCAGUCAGAGUAUUUCUGUCUCUGCUGCAACUCGGCCUCUGACAAAUGUUCAUGAAACUCUCUCUAAUCUGCAAGUUCAAUAUUUUAGGGCACAAAAUGAUUUUCAUGAGGAAAUAGCAGGCUAAAUAACGUGAUUGUUGUGAAGCUUCUGAAGGGGGUGAUACACGCGGCAGCAUUUAGUGGGACAUGACAGGCAACAGUCUCAGAAAUUGCCUCUGUAUUGUACAUUUCAUGAUAGAGGGUUGUCUUGCUGUCAGGAAACAUUUCAUUUCACUGUGGCUCAUGUUGUUUCCUGUUUGCUGGAAGAGUUUCCCACUGCUUCUCCCCACUCGCCAGUGUAUCACCGCCAACACAUGCCUCUGUGUUGCUGUCAUCUCGCGCGCGGGGUUAUAGCUGUGCCCUUUAUCUAAUGCAAAUGGUGUGAUGCUUUUCUGACAUACCUUCCUGUUGCCAUCAUUACACAUACAGUUUUAGCUGCACCCUUUGUAGCCACUGUCCAAUUUCUUAUUUCAACGUGAGAUCUAUUUUCAUACCUUGAGAAGAUACAUUCCAUUAAAAAAA